GCCGCAGCUUGGCAGUGAGUAAAUUGUAAUUCGUAGUAGCGAUUUUAUCUAUAAACUAAGGUCUAAGUAUAAACUAUACAUUAUACAGUAUAAAGUCUAAUCGUUGAUGGUUUAAUGUUUUAGUUAAUUUACAAAGUAUUUUAAUUUAAAGAUUCAAGACAUUUCUUAUUUUAGCUGAAAGUAAUUUUUGGGAGUGAAGUGUUCUCAGGCAUCAUGAGUCGCCGCCGUUUUCAGGACAGCUACGAAGACCUAUACAGCGCAGACCGAGCUUACAAAAAACGCCGUCGUGGCGGUUCUGAAUGCGAUGAUUUAGAAGACAGAUUACAGAGUCUCAUACUAAAAAUUGGAGAAAAGACGUCCAGUACAUUGGAAAGUAAUUUAGAAGGUUUAGUGAGUGUUCUAGAUGGUGACUUACAAAACUUUAAGAAAAAAGUACUGAAGUUAUUAGUCGACUGCGCUGUUAACAUGCCAGAAAAGUGUACUAUAUAUUCAACGUUAGUGGGUCUGUUGAACGCUAAAAGUUAUAAUUUUGGUGGAGAGUUCGUCGAAAACAUUGUGCGUUCCUUCAAAGAUUCCUUGAAAAAUAAUUCUUGGAAUGAAGCUAGAGGUGUUUUGCGGUUUAUCGGUGAUUUGGUGAACUGUCAUGUUGUAUCUGCAAGCUCUUUUGUACAGCUGAUGUCCAGCUUGUUGGACGUAACAAAAGAAGACGGAGUUCCUAAUGUACGAAAAGACUGGUAUUGUUAUGCAGUUAUGUCAUGUUUGCCGUGGGUAGGGCGGGAGUUGUAUGAAAAAAAAGAAUCAAAUUUAGAAAUGUUAUUGACCACGAUUGAAGUGUACUUGAACAAACGUCCAAAAAAACAUGUUAACAUGUUGAGAAUAUGGUCAACGGACGUGCCACAUCCACAAGAAGAAUACUUGGAAUGUCUUUGGAACCAGAUAAAAAAACUCAAACACGAUAACUGGACAGAGACCAUCAUACCAAGACCUUAUCUUUCCUUCGACAAUGUGCUGUGCGAAGCUCUUCAACACAAUUUGCCUGUCAUUGUACCACCGCCUCAUCAUAAUGCUUGCGUGUAUCCAAUGCCUUGGGUUGUAUACAGAAUGUUUGAUUACACUGAUGUUACCGAUGGUCAUAUCAUGCCAGGGGCCCAUUCGAUUGAACGAUUUCUCAUAGAAGAACAUUUGCAACAGAUUAUUGAUAUGUCUAGUAAAAAUAGAAAAGAGUGCGCAACAAAUUUGAUGAACUUUGUACACAAAAAUAAAGUUCCUUUGGAAUAUUCUAUUGUAGAAGUGAUCUUCAGUUUGAUGUUCCAUCAGCCGAAACCAAAAUAUUUAGAAGUCAUGUUCGGUUCUGUAUUUAUCGAACUGUCAAAACUUUCUACCAAUACAAUGCCGCUUGUGUUAGCUCAGACGACAGAAAUAUUGUAUUCACGUAUUGAAUCUAUGCACGUUUGUGCUUUUGAUAGAUUCGUCUCUUGGUUUGCAUAUCAUUUAAGUAACUUUAAGUUCAGUUGGUCUUGGCAAGAGUGGGCCGAUUGUUUAGCUUUAGAUCCUGAACAUCCAAAACCUAAAUUUGUGCGAGAAGUACUUCAAAAAGCCAUGAGGUUAUCGUUUUAUGAACGCAUGCGUGAUAUAGUUCCUGUUGAAUUUGAACCGCUGUUACCUGAAAAACCAGAUCCAAAUUACAAAUAUUUAAUGGAAAAGUCCAAACUUCCAGGUCAGAUUUUAGCCAAUACGUUGUUAGCGAAAAUACGAGCCAAAGCAACUCCCGAAGAUAUUAUUGAGAUAUUAAAAGAACCUCUAUUGUUAGAAAAUGGAGAAAUAAUGCAACCGGUCGAUACUGGACUAAACAAUCCCAUUAAAAUUGAUGCUUUUGUUCAAACAUUGUUGUACAUAGCGAGCAAGUCAUUUUCACAUGCAUUUGCGGCUAUAACAAAAUUCAUAAUUGUGUUUAAGGCUUUAGGAGAAACUGAUGAUGGGCAAUUACAAAUUUUACGUAGCACUUUUGAUCUAUGGAGUGCCAACCAGCAAAUGUUAACUGUACUAAUCGAUAAAAUGUUAAAAACACAAAUUGUCGAAUGUUCAUCGGUCGCUAAUUGGAUUUUUUCAAGGGAAAUGGUGCCAGAGUUUACAAAACUUUAUAUAUGGGAAAUAUUAUCGCUGACAAUCAACAAGAUGUCCAGACACGUAGAUCGGUUAACGAGAGAAUUAAACGAAGCCAGAGAAAAAUUAAGAACCACUGCGGCCGCCACGUCAAAUAGUUCAGACGACAGUGAUACAGAAACAGAGAAAGUCGAAACCAAACCACCGACUCGACAGUCGACUACUACAUUUGGAGGUCAGGUACCGAUGGAAGUAGACGAUAAUGUUACAGAGGAAAUGGUCGAACGAAUGGAAGAAAAAUUAGAAAUGGCUCAAGCCGAUCAAAAAAAUCUGUUUCUGAUUGUUUUUCAGAGGUUCAUCAUGAUAUUAUCAGAACAUUUAGUAAAAUGUGAUACCGACGACAGACCAUUUGAUACAUACUGGUAUAAGUACACAAUCGGACGACUUCAACAAGUGUUUUUAGCCCAUCACGAACAAGUGCAAAAAUACAGUAGUACACUAGAAGGAUUACUCUUCACGCAGGACUUGGAUAUACACAUUCUUGAAGUAUUCCAUCAAUUCUUAGCUCUCCGUUCAUAAAUAUUGCUACUGGUUGUGCAUUUCAACAUGUGACUUAAUUAUUAAUUUACUUAGUUUUUACUACAUAGAUAGAUUAAGGUUUUGAUAUUUAUGUCCAUUCCUCGUUUAUGUUCCCUCAUAAUUAUUAUGCUUUUUUUUUGAAAAAAAAAAAAAUUAUUUUAUUCUGUAAACUAUUAAAAUCACAAUAACGAAUUUUAACAUUUAUAUGAUGGCAAUUAUAUAAAAUUAUUAAUGUUUUAUAAAAUAUAUCGUUUAAAAAAAAAAAAAAUUCCUACAAA